GUGUGUCUACAUUUUCAUCCCAUGGCCGUCUCUAGGUGAUUUAGCGCCGCCAGUCUCAAGCAGGUGUCCAACAUGGCGAUCACGGGAAGCGGAUCUUUCGCUAUUCCUCUCUCUGUUUUCGUGAUUUCAGUGGCGUUUCUUUCGAAAGGAGCUGCUGAAACCGUCACAGUCGAUGGUCAGAACCUGGCAACCGACAAUGUGUCUGUGAUCGAGGGGGAAACAGCCACUAUAAGCUGCAGAGUGAAGAACAACGACGACUCAGUUAUCCAGCUGCUCAAUCCCAAUAGACAAACCAUCUACUUCAGAGAAGUUCGACCUCUGAAGGACAGCCGGUUCCAGCUGGUGAAUUUCUCUGACAACGAACUGCGGGUGUCUCUGUCCAAUGUGUCACUCUCCGAUGAGGGACGCUAUGUGUGCCAGCUCUACACAGAUCCUCCUCAGGAAGCCUACGCAGACAUCACUGUCCUGGUCCCUCCAGGAAACCCAAUCAUCGAGAGCCGCGAGGAUGUGGUCAGCGAGGGGAACGAGACGGAGCUCACCUGCACAGCCAUGGGCAGCAAGCCAGCUGCCUCCAUCAGAUGGAUGAAAGGGGAGGAAGAACUGACAGGUGAGACAACAGUUGAGGAGAUGUAUGACAGGAUGUUUACUGUCACCAGCCAGGUGAGAUUUUCGGUCACCAAAGAGGAUGAUGGAGUGCCAGUGGACUGCAUCAUUGACCAUCCAGCUGUAAAGGACCUCCUGGCUCAACGACAUUUGGAAGUGCUAUAUAAACCAGAAGUGAAGAUUGUGGUGACAUAUCCUGACGGUUUAACCAGAGAGGGUGAUAAUCUAGAUUUGACAUGUAUUGCUGAAGGAAAACCACAUCCCCAUCAGAUCAACUGGCUGAGAGUAGACGAGGAUAUGCCGCCUCAUGCUGUGGUCACCGGCUCUGAUCUGUACAUCGAAAACCUCAACAAAUCUUACAACGGCACCUAUCGCUGUCUGGCGUCCAAUACUGUGGGAGAGGCCUACGAUGACUACAUCCUCUACGUAUAUGAUGCUCCCACUACUAUCCCCACACCCACCACCAAUCCAGUCAACACACAAGACUCCAGAGCCAGCGAUGGGGCACCGCAGAAAAUUGACCAUGCUGUCAUCGGCGGAGUGGUUGCCGUGGUGAUGUUUGCCAUCCUCUGUGCACUCAUUGUUCUUGGUCGAUACUUUGCCAGACACAAAGGAACUUACUUCACACACGAGGCCAAAGGGGCGGACGACGCAGCCGACGCAGACACGGCCAUCAUCAACGCCGAGGGUGGACACAACAACACAGACGAGAAGAAGGAGUACUAUAUCUAAACCGAACAGGCCAGGAGAGACGGGUGGGGAUGCUGGUGGCGGUGGAGGUGCUUUUGGAGUCUCACUCUGAUUUGUUACAAGAAGGCUUGAGGCAGGGAGUGUGAGAUUUAAAGAGGAAGAAAAGAAAAAGUGGAAAGUAGGACUGGCAUGGCCAAGUGGUAAGAAGAGGCUUUGCUGAAUCUCCUAUCCGACCCUUCCUGGACUGCUGGGGCCUAUUCUGUACAGUUCAAUUAUUUUACAGACAAUUUUGUGCCUUGUUCUAUUUCUUUUCUUUCUUUUAUUGUUUUACCCCCUUCACAUUUUUUUCAGAUUGUAUUUUUUUCAUUAUACGUAACCCAAUCCUUUGAUACAUUUGGCUUUCUGAGAAUAAAUAGUCCUGGUGUUUGUCUUCUGCUUUUAGCUCAUGUACCCAGAUCAGAGGAGCCAGUUCACACACUUUUAUUAUUAUUUGUUUGAGUAAUCUCAAGACUUCAGUAACUGGAACACAGUGUCAAUACAAUCCUCCCUGCUGGGUAAAAGUCCAACAGUCCUUGCAAAUUCCUAUCACACUGGUUUUGACAUACUUUAGUGCAUAUUUUAUUGACUCCCCUCCCUUUGAGGUCAGGUUCACAGUGUUGAUUACUAAUGUAACAGUUGUGAGUAAUCAUGCUCAUCUUAGAAUGUAUUUGUUCUUGAAAGUGAAGUAGCAGUGCCGUUUAGUAUCAUUUCCCACCAAACCGCAAUGUACAACUGGCCCCUCGCUGGUUUUGAGUCAACAUCUGACAUAGAUGUGAGGUCAGUUUAGUAUUGUUUAGGGUAUUGUGGAGUACAGUGAGACAUCAUGAACGCUGUAAUGUGCCAUGAACUAGAGUUCAAAUUUCUGUAGAGAAAAUUCAGAACCAACAUAUUUAAAAACAGCAUUUAACAUUUACUGUCAUCUGCUUUCUUUUUUUUAUUCAAGAGUCAAGAGCUUAAUGAUGGGAUCGGAAAAAAUAUUAAUGACGUACUUUUUAUAAUUUUAAUAAUUGUGUUUAUUUAUCACAUCUAUUCACUACAUACAAGCUAACAGCAAGCAGCCAGUUAGCUUUGCCUAGCAUUAGGAGUGAAAACAGGAAGCAACAGUUCUGUCAGUAGGUAAAAUAAUGACAACAAACAACCCAGCUGUCAUUCCUACAUUUAGUUUUUUGUAAAGGUUAAGCAAACUGACGAGGCUAGCUGUUUCUCUGUUUCCAGUCUUUGUACUUAGCUAAGUGAACUGUCGGCUGGAUGUAGAUCAUGUUUAUUCUGCCGACAGGGUUUGAACGGUUUUGAUCUUCACAUUUAAGUAUUUGAGAGACAAAAUAAAUGUAUUUCCCAAAAUGUCAAACUACUCCUUAAAGCAUUGCAUGUUCCCAGAGUGAUCUGGACAUUUCUUUUCAAGUUCAGAUAAAAUACAGAGCCUAAUGACAGAUCAGUUGGCUGAAAUCACAAGCAUUUUAAGGUCGGACUUUACUUUUAGUAAGAGUGACGAUUCCUCCUGCAUAGAUAAUGAAAUCGAAUUAAACUGUAUUGUUGUUGGAUAUUGGUACCUAGCCUGCUGUGUGUGCUUCUGGUUUGAAAAUGAAAUUCUUCAUAUUUUCAUACCACCCACACAGUCGACCCUGGACCAAAUAUAAUAAUAAUGUGAGUGUGCAUAAGAACAGUGAAUAUUACGUACUUAUAUGAGGCAAAGGCUGAAAGUCCACUGUGCAGAGAGCCCCUCUCUAAAUAAUUGAUUUAAAAAAGACAUGAUACAUUAACCAUUUAAUAAGAUACAUUUCCAGGGCAAUGGUUUAUUUUAUUUUUCAAAGUUUUAUAUUUAAAUGUGAUAAUACUGCUCAAGCAGAGAAUAAUUGUUACUUCGAUAGCAACGUUUCCUUCCAGUUAUGAAUAACUUACCGUCGUAUGUCCCUGUAAAUACCUGAAGCAAGAAUACAAAAACUGAAAUCUUCUCAAUUCCUGCCUUAGAAAUCCUUGCCACACACUAAACUGUUUUGCCCUUCCCCAUAAACAAGUAUAAAAUGUCAUUCAGUCAUUGAACAUGAAUCAGUUAUAUUUCCUUGAUGUCUGCAAACACAUUUUACCUUUGGGCUUUCAUAACUUGUAUGGGCUGCGGGCCUCACAAUUUAUCAAAGAUUUGCGUUGAGCUUUAGACCUGGUUUGUGGAAAGAUCCUUUUCUUACUGUCAUCCUGCAGCCUCAAACCUUCACACAGGAGCCGUCUACUGUUACAAAUGUAUUUUUUCCCCCCACUAACACAAAUCAGAAGAUUGUGCACUUGCUCACAGAUACGCAGUGUGCACACCGUGCAAGCUUCAUGCCUCCGAAUCUGUCACAGCUAGGAGUGUAAAAGCCUGUUUGGUAAUUAGUAAGGGAUUUCAUUGUGUUACCUGAAUAAGACAAAAAAAAAAAGGAAACUGUAAAUGUAUUAUGAAAAAGGAUAACCACUGCCUUAAAGGUAUCUCUUGAUACUUAUUAAAAGAAACGACUGAAGGACUUUAUUUAGUGCCUUCUAUUAUUUUGAGGCAUAUGGUUAGUAUCUUACAGUAUCCUCUUGUACACUCAUACAGUAUAUAUUGUAUAUUGCUGUCCUUUCUAACUUACAGGGCCAAUCCUCAUCCAGGUUGUAUGUAUUCAACCAGACUUGCGUCACAAUUACCGCCUGGGGCAUAAAAAGCUACAAUGAGUUAAAAAAUAUAUAUAUAUUUCAUUGUUUAUCAGGGUGGUGUGGCAGCUUCCACUGACUACAACAGUAAGCCAGGAUGUAGUAUUUAUUUUCUUAAUGAGUGAUCGCUAAACAAAUUCAAUUUGGUCAUAAUUAUUUCACUUGCUAUUUAUGGGAUAUCUUCAAGGACAAGGCUUGCUAUUAGUGUCAGAAAGGAAUAUGUUACAAAAAGCUAUAAUUAGCUUCAAUAAAAGUACAGUUUUAACGGAGUUUUGUUGUCAUGGAAACAGCUAUGUGCAUGACAUUUUAUUUUGAGGGUUGAUAUUUAUCUUAAAUGGUUAUAAAGUGACUUCUUUUAAAUCAAGGAAUAUAAAAAAGAUUGUCGAAAGCAUUUUAAUCCAAUGUUUUAUUUGUUUUUAAUAUUUGAUAUCUACAAUGUUUGUUUUCACUCUCUCAGGUUCAUGAGUGUUAAUAUUUGUGUUUUUGUUUUUUGCAUCUCAGGUAGAAUGCAAAUUAAAGGCCCUCCCAGUAUAUACUGUAGUACCACAGCUAGUCAAACAGUGACGAAAUCACAAGAUGUACAUGUUUAUUCCCAUUUGUACAUGUUUAUGUCUUCUUAAUAUGAUGCACUGUUACAGUAAACGUUAAAUAUUAUUUUGCAUAGACCUAGUUCACAAAGAAAGAAAACUAGAUUUGUUAAGCAGCCGAAAAUGAUGUACAGUCAGUGUCAACAAAAUCACAACGAUGUUCAUGAAACUUCUUCUUCUUCCACCUUCACACUUUGCUCAUACAGUAUUGGUUAUUUAGUAAUUAUAGGGUGUGACCACAGACAGUCAAUCAAGCAUCUGUUUGUAUUCAGUCAGUUCAGGCAUCAUUUUGAUAGAUGAAAAGAUGGUGUAUUUACUGUGACAAGAAGUUUUAUGAAUGAUCUGUAACAUGUCUUGGAUAUUUGGAUGAAACUCAUGUUUAAAUCCCUGAGUGGGGAUGGGUGUGUGGGGGGAGGGGGGGUUGUUGGUUGUUUUAUUACACCCAAAAAUUGUUGUUUUUCUUGUUAAAGCCUAAAUUUCUCUCGUUACCCAGGUGACAUUUUUUUCUUUUGUGUAGUGAAGAGGAUGUUUCUCAUACGACCAUACAUAUUUUGUAUUGGUUCACACAAACAUUUUUACAAAAGAAAAAAAAAAGAUCGGAGGAGUUCUUGUCUUAAUAAAAGAUAUCAAUG